UUCAUGCAGUCAGACACUCAUCUUCUCUGCAGGGUUGUGAUCAGUUUCACCAUGAUAGGAUGUCUAGUUUUUAUUGUUCUUUUGGGUUCCUUUCAAGAGUUGCAAGUACAAGCUCUUCCUCAGGCUAAACUAACAGCGGAUUCAUCAUUAAUCAAAGACACAGAUUCAGUCACAUUAAGCUGUCGGGCUCCAGCUCGUGUUUCUGUGCAUCAGUGUUAUUUCUAUGUAAAUGGAGGAACUCAGACACAUUUUCCCUGCAUAAAGACAUUUACAGGAACUGAGCUGCUGUGGAUGAGAAAGAAAAGUUUACCCUCUGUGGCUGAAGUGAGAUGUUUCUAUACUGUAAACUAUGGAACUGUAAAUUCUCCAUCUCCCCACAGUGAUGUGUCCUAUAUUACUAUAAGUCUGAAACCACAAAUAACUGUAAACUAUCGUAAGGGCCAGUCUGCUUUCGUUACCUGCUUUCUGCCUGGAUCUGUGAAACAAGAUACAACAUGUAAUCUGUACUUUGGAGAAUCAAGUCGUCCAGCAGCAGCAACAAUAAUAUCAAAAACCAGAUCAAGAAUCAAUCAGUGGUUCUGCUGGACUGAGAUUCAAGAAAAUGAAUUUUUGAGACAUCUAGGUUUGGCUGAACAGAAGGAGGCCAGCUGUGAUUAUAGAUUGGAAAGAGAUGGGAAAUCUUUGUCACCUCGUAGUGAUCCAUACAGAUUAACCGGUAUUGUGGAAGGAGAUUUAACUGAGAUCAGGAAAACAACAAGAUUUAUGAAGACCACAAGCUCAUCGAACGCUGUUUUUCCCAUCCAGGAAUCAGUCACCCAAAGAACUGUCACAGUUUUAAUCACAGGUACAACAAAGCUGACAACGAGUAUCUCCAGUAUUUCCACUUCUACUAAGUCAGGUCAUGUGGAAGGAGAAUUAACUGAGAUCAGCAAAAUACCAACAAGAUCUACGAAGACCGAAAGUUCAUCAGACGCUGCUUUGCCCAUCCAGGAAUCAAUCCCUUCAACAACUGUCACAGUUUUCACCACAGGACCCAGAGAGCCGACAAAGAGUAAGACCACUUCUACACCAGCUUCUUCAACUGUUACUUCCACAUCUCAAAGGACGACAAAUGUGAAUUUUAUAUUCAUAGAUACGAGGAUAUUGGCAAUUGCAGCAGCGGUGGUGGGUGGAGUGAUUGUGGUCUCCAUUCUGGUGGUGGCAGCGUGUCUCAUAGCCAAAAGAAGAACUGGAAAAGGUUUGCACAACAGAAAACAAGCCAACCUUAAAGAUCAGAGUGUGUGGAUGAAAGUGACUGAUAACACAGAGAUGUUACCACUAGAUAAAGAUGGCGUCUAUAGCGUCAUCACAUCUGCACCUGCUGCUGAUCGUCCUGCAGGUCCUGGGAAACCUGCCAAAGAAAAACCACAAACUGAAGAUUCUGACGUCUACCACGUGUACUGCACCAUCCCUGAUUUACCUCCUCCAUCAACCAGGGAUGACCGGGUGUACUGCCUGCUGCAGAAUCACUGAAACACAUUUUCAUGGAGAAAAAACUAAUUCCCUGAAGAUAAUCAUUAGUUAUACUGUAUAACGCUGCACUAUUUUGUGCAGAGAUGAUGUUAUGCAAAAGACUUUUGUUACAGAAACCCAAUGAGGAACAUGUUAAAGAUUUGGAUAUUCAUCCCAGCAGAUCAAAGAAAAACAUUUUAUUUUACUUUCUCAUCUCGAACUUGACAAGUAGAUUUAAUUCUGUGAUUUAUGUCAGCUCAAUAUCAAAAUUUGUUUUUAAUUUAAAUAAUUUGUGAAAACUGUUUUACCCAGAACUCCUUUGUACUUAUGUGUUUCUGUGGAUGCUGCGCACAUCAGGUGUGUUUGGCUCUAAUUAAAAUGUGUUACUGUUAAACUUCA